UGUGUUUACCUAUGCCCGAGCCUCAAACGAGUACCUGGCGCGGUGUGUGUAAAUCAUCAGCACCGGGGAGACAAAGGCGGCCAGGCGUGGUGCUGGCCACCCACCCCCACACCGUGUGCCGUGCCACUCGCCAACAGACAAUGCUCCAAACAAGCCCCUGUCGAAGGCUACACGGGUGAUCUGUGUCUGUGCGCGCAGCCGUGGUGACCUGCAUGCCGUCCGCGCUCAUGGGCGGGCGCCCGCACGCUGCUCUCCUGCGGAGCGCCGCGCGUCUCGGUCUCGCCUCGGACCUUGCCUUCAUCCCCUACGACGCCAUGCUGUACGCGCUGCCCUGGGGGCAGCCCGGAGAGGCGGACUCUGGCCCGGUGCCGGCUCUGGCCGAUGACCCGGCGCUGCGGCGCGCCUACGCCGGGGUCGUGACCGUGACCCGCGCCCUGACCCCUGAUCUCCGUGACGCGGCGCAACUCCAGCCCAAGCAGGCCUCGCCGCUCUUCGGCACCGUCUACGCCUCGGUGCUGCAGGUGGCGCGUGGCCUCGCCAGGACGCGUGCGCACCGCGGGUGGAUCUCGGGCGCCAACGUGGCGCUCGGCGCCCGCCACGAGCGCGACGGCGCCGCGGCCGCCGGCAACGCCAGCUACGUGGUGCUGGUGGCCGACGGGCGCUCGGCCCGCCUGCGCGCGGCCCUCGCCGUGCUCCCGUGGGGCCACGGGGUCGGGGGGCGGCGGCCGCGGCGGCGGCUGACGGUGGCGCCCGCCCCGGGAGGCGCCGCGGUCGCCGUGUCGCCCGGCACCGACCCCUACUGCUGGUUCGACGAGGAGUUUGGCUGCUCCGGGGGAAUGGAUCUGCCGUACUUGCUGUCGGUGUUGUUGAUCAUCACGGGCGGCCUCAGCGGAAUCACUGGACUCGCCGUGCUCCUCAGGCGGCGGCUGCAGCAGCAGUUGGACCACAGCCACAACAAGCUGAUCCUCACCCUGGAGCACCUCGUCUUCAUCCUGCCGCAGCUCAGCCGCAAGUUUAUGGACGAGAGCCGCGUGAGCCAGAUGAACCGCAGCGUGUCGGAGGCGAACAGCGCCGCCCACGCCGCACGCAACUCCUUGUCGGGGCGCAGCCUCCACACGGCGUCGCCGGAGACAACCAACAUCGCCGUCUACGAGGGCGACUGGGUUUGGCUCAAGCGGCUUCCGAGCGGCAUCUUUGGCGACUUCAAGCCCCGCGUGCGCUCCACGUUCCGCAAGCUGCGGGAGAUGCGCCACGAGAACGUGAACCCGUUCAUCGGCGUGUUCGUCGACUGCGGCGUCUGCGCCAUCGUGACGGAGCACGGGGCGCGCGGCAGCCUGGAGGACCUGCUGCAGAACCAGGACACCAAACUCGACUGGAUGUUCAAGUCCUCGCUCAUGACCGACCUCAUCAAGGGCAUGAAGUACCUGCACCACCACGAGCUGGUGCACGGGCGGCUCAAGUCGCGCAACUGCGUGGUGGACGGCCGCUUCGUGCUCAAGGUCACCGACCAGAGCUACUGCGAACUCAGCCAGCUGCUGCAGCUCACAGCGGAGGAGCCCAAGCCCGACGAGCUGCUGUGGACGGCCCCGGAGCUGCUGCGCGACGCGGUGGCGGCGCGGCGCGGCACCUUCAAGGGGGACAUCUUCAGCUUCUCCAUCAUCGUGCAGGAGGUGAUCAUGCGCAGCACCCCCUACUGCAUGCUGGAGCUGUCCACGGAAGAGAUCAUCCUCAAGGUGAAGCGGCCGCCCCCGCUGUGCCGUCCGAACGUGUCGGCCGACCACGCCCCGCUCGAGUGCAUCCAGAUGAUGAAGGCCUGCUGGCAGGAGAUGCCGGAGCGCAGGCCGACCUUCGACGAGGUCUUCGACCAGUUCAAGAACAUCAACAAGGGCCGCAAGACGAACAUCAUCGACUCGAUGCUGCGGAUGCUGGAGCAGUACUCGAGCAACCUGGAGGACCUGAUCCGCGAGCGCACCGAGGAGCUCGAGGUGGAGAAGCAGAAGACGGACAAGCUGCUCACGCAGAUGCUGCCCCCCUCCGUGGCGGAGUCCCUGAAGAAGGGCACGCCCGUGGAGCCGGAGCACUUCGACGAGGUGACCAUCUACUUCAGCGACAUCGUCGGCUUCACCACCAUCUCGGCGAUGAGCGACCCCAUCGAGGUGGUCGACCUGCUCAACGACCUCUACACACUCUUCGACGCCAUCAUCGGCUCCCACGACGUCUACAAGGUGGAGACGAUUGGCGAUGCCUACAUGGUGGCGUCUGGGCUGCCGGCGCGCAACGGCAACCGGCACGCGGCCGAGAUCUCCAACAUGUCGCUCGACAUCCUCAGCGCCGUCGGCUCCUUCAAGAUGCGGCACAUGCCGGACGUGCCGGUGCGCAUCCGCAUCGGCCUGCACUCCGGCUCGUGUGUGGCCGGCGUGGUGGGACUGACCAUGCCACGCUACUGCCUGUUCGGUGACACGGUCAACACCGCGUCACGCAUGGAGUCAACCGGACUGCCCUACAGAAUACACAUCAACAUCUCAGUCAAGAACAUCCUGGACUCUCUGAGCGAGGGCUACCUCUUUGAGAGCAGAGGCAAGACCGAGCUGAAGGGCAAGGGCGUGGAGGAGACGUUCUGGCUCGUGGGCAAGCAAGGCUUCAUGAAGCCACUUCCCCGCCCGCCGGAGGUGCAGGCCGGGCAGGAGCACGGACUGCAGCUCAGCGAGAUCGACCAGUCCCGCCGGGCGAAGGCAGAGAAACUCCUGCAGAAGAAGAAGUGAAACCCUCUCAGCGCUUCGUGUCGACGCGCACACGUCGUGCACACACACAGCUCGGCACACACUGGACCUAUGCGCACAUGCAUACCUACGUGUACAUGUGUGCCUACAUUUAUGUGUACAUGCAUACCUACGUGUACAUGUGUGCCUACAUGUGUACAUGUAUACCGACAUGUACACAUACAGUAUACAUACAUGUAGACAUACAUACAUGCACCCAAACAUGGAGAGAAAAUCCUCCUGUAUAGCUUUUACAGACUGUUGGGGCAAGUGCUGUUAGCGAGUGGCACCUAUGAAGGUGGUCGACACGUCACACGAGGGGGUGGGUGGCCAGCACCAUGCCCGGCCGCCUUUAUCCUCCUAGUGGCGAUGUUUAUACACCGCACCAGGUACUCAUUUGAGGCUGAGUCGACCUAGGGGAGGCCCAGGACUGGUUCGGAUAAUCGUCACCGGCGUUGGCCGUGAACGGGAAUCAAACUCGGGUGGCCAGGUUUGUAGCGCAUUGCGCUAACCGCUACACUACCGCUCACCACAUACCCAUACACACCUAGUUACACACACAUACUUAUACACACUUACCCAUAUACACUUAUACACACAUACUCAUUCAUACUUACUCAUACACACAUACCCAUACACACAUACCCAUACACACUUAUACACACGUACCCAUACACACUUUAUCAUAGGGCAGACACCGCAGCUCUAGGCGACGGGACUAUUUAACCUCAAAGGUUCAAUGUAAUAUUACGAUCGUUAUUUUUCAAUUGUAAAACAUUCGAUGGUUUUUAACUCGAGGCUCGUGUUUCUCUCGUAGUGUCUGCGACGUUGUGAGUCGGGUCGCGGCGUUUUAGCGCAGGUCACCUGCUGCACCGUGCUAGGCAUUGUGGGCCCGCGCUUCGUUGCUCGCUGAAUAUUUUCCAGGGCCGCCGGCGGGAGGCGAGUUAGCGGUAGAGUAGCAGCCACAGCCAUCGCCAGAGGCCUCGCUCGAUGUGGUGUGCCGGGUGCGGAAAUAUUGUACGGGCGCGGACAGAGCCAGAUUUAGAUCCCUGACCGUGGGUCAGUCGCCCCCCCCCCCUCGGCCGCCCGUUCCAUCGACCCCCCCCCCCCACUCGGAGGGCCGCGUUCGCAUUGGUGUGCGACACGUGACCGGCGCCCCGGGGCGACCGGCGAUGGUGACUGUGAUGACGUUGAAGGGGAACUUUGGGCGAAGCCGUUAUCAACGUUUAAGAAGAAGGGGCCGUCCAUAAAUGACGUCACGCA